AUGAGCGACAAGAAAAAUCCACUGGCUGAUCUGCCAGCUGAAGACGCGACAGAUGAGAAGGGCAACCCUUUGCUCUUCGCUGUUGACGGCGAUGAGAUGUUCCCAUUCUCCGUCGACGCCAAGACAAACCAGGUACAUACCAAUGCACACGACGUGUCGCUGUUGAAUCUCAUCGCCAACUGGUUGACUCUUUUGCCACCACAAGCACCAUUUCCACCGCCACCACACAUUCUGCAGAAACAACUGACGGAAAACAUCCAGGAAGCCAAAGAAAAAGGCAACACGGCCUUCCGGCAAAAGGACUAUGAGACAGCAAUCAAGCACUACACGUUGGGCGUUGCGAUGAUCACGAGUCGGCCGAUGUGGGAGUCUUGCUCACUCAUCGCGGAUGAACUCACCGUCAUGCUUGCCAAUCGCAGUGCUGCCAUGUAUGCGUGCGAGGCGUAUAUAGAGGCACUAUGCGAUGCAGAUGCUGUGGUGAAAAUCAAAGGUACAUGGGGCAAAGGCCACUUCCGGAAGGGCAAGGCCCUUGCUGCAUUGCAGCGUUAUGAUGAAGCGCGGGCCGCGCUGGAUCUUGGGCACCAGUGUGAGCCAGACAAUGAGGACUUUCUCAAGGCCAUUGCCGAGCUGCCGUAG